AUGAGCGCGCCCCUUAGCAAGGACCUGCGAACGAAAUACAAUGUGCGUGCAGUACCCAUCCGACGAGAUGAUGAGGUCAGGAUCGUGCGCGGCCACUACAACGAUCGUGAAGGGAAGGUGACGCAGGUGUACCGGAAGAAGUUCCGCAUCCAUGUGGAAAGGGUCACUCGCGACAAGGCCAACGGCCAGCCCGUGCCGAUCCCGAUCCAUCCUUCCAAGGCACAGCCUCUGCCGGGGUUGCCUCUCUGUUCCUUUGCGUUCAGCCGGUGA